GGAUAUGAGGUCAAGCCGCAAACACCCUCCUACAAGCCAUAUGCCCUGUCCUCUCAUGGGCAAAAGCAGCAGCGUGCUUUUGACUUUUUGGUUGAAGUCUCGAUAAACCCCCAUUCUCCGCUCACCCCUGAUGAGUGGAGUGCUCUCACUACUGGUGCUGCCAUCAUUCCAGCAGACUGCCGCCCACGUGACUUCCAGAUUCAAUGCAGCAACAUCAUAAUCAGAUGCUCAAAGGAUGUCUGUGUCAUUGCACUGACUGGCCAGAGCACGUCUUUGCUCUGUGUUCUCCCACUGCUUGUUCAGAAAUUAGGUGUUUCUCUUGUCAUCACGCCUUAUACGAGCUUAGGUUUGGAGGGCCAAGAUAGGCACUGUGCUCUCGGAAUCCGCUCAGUCUUCAUCAACAUGAACCAGAAGGAUGCUACCACACUGGCUGAUGGUGCACAUGGACUUUAUAUAAUUGUGUUCACAUGUGUGGAGAUGAUGGAGAGUCCUAUGAUGGCGAAGAUUUUACAUGCGGAUUCAUUUAAGGCUGUUUUGUCUGCCAUAUACAUUGACGAGUCUCAUCUUGUCCAUGAGUCU